GUAAUAAUUUGACGGAGACGUGUAAAUAAUAUUAAUUCUAUACGUAACUACAACAUGGUAACUGAACUUACUUGUGUCAAGUAACAUGUUAGUUCCAACAUGGCAGGACUGAACAAGGAUUUGCAGGACUACUUAUCCAGAGGUUCAGUAAACGGAUCUUCAGAAACAGACGACAGAGGGGCUUCUGGUGGAUUUAGUUUCGGAAAGUUAAAUGUAUUUAGGAAAUCCGAAGAAGAAGUACCAUUGAACAACGAUGACGUGGCCAACAGCUGGUUUUCACAGGCCCAGAGAGACCCUUACUUACCAAGUCUGACAAAGAAACAAAGGAUACUUGGAUUUGUAAUUUGCUUACUGUUGGGGACAUUCUGUUUUUCAUUGGCAAGUCUUUACAUACCAUUACUGUUGCUGAAAGCAAGAAAAUUUGCUGUGCUGUAUUCUCUUGGAAGUGUUUUUGUCAUUGCAAGCUUUUCAUUACUGUGGGGUCCAAUGAAUCACAUUAAGCAUCUGUGUUCAGUCGAGCGUAUGCCAUUUACAGUUGCCUACUUUGGGACAAUGUUUGCAACUUUAUACUUUUCUUUAUGGGUUAGAAGUACAAUAUUUACCGUGUUAUGUGCAGUUGGACAAAUCCUGGCUUUAGUGUGGUAUAUUGUAAGUUAUAUCCCUGGAGGCCAGACUGGAAUGAAAUUUUUCUCAAAAAUAUUUUAUGCAACUGCAUCAAAGACUGUUCAGAAGACAUUGCCUAUAUGAAAGAGAGAAUGAAAAAAAACAGUAAUUGGAUUGCCUAUAUGAAAGAGAGAACAUGAUUGGUUUAAAUUUACAUUGGCUGUGAUUGGUUGAUAUCGUUCUCUGAUGAUCUACAGAUUUAUUUAAGAAAAUAUUGGUAUAAAUCUGAGUUGGUGCUUAUUUAUCAUAAACUUCUUAUAGAGGGGAUGAUUUCAAACAAAGGGAACUGAGUUAUGGUGUAAAGUGUUAUGAUAAAAGGGAUGGACAUUGAAGUGAAUUAAAUGUCUGAGUCUGAAAUGAUAAAUUUUGUAUUGUGAACCCAAUAUUUUUAAAGUUAACAUUUUAUAAUAUAGAGUUUCAAUUCAACUUUAAACCUGCUUUUGUACCUGUAAAUAAAUAGUCAAAUGAUUCUAAUUUAUAAUGUUUUAAAUGAAAUAUUUUCCGAUUGGAAACUGUAAAGGGUAUUUCUGUCAAACAGUUCACAGACUUUUGGGGACCAAUCCAUGUUUUGCUAUAAACUUCAAACAUUGACAGAAAUUCUUACAUGGUUUUCAAUAUGAGUUAAUUUAUUGUCUGAUGAAAAUGUGUAUAUAUCCAAAAACACUGUUUUGCUUAGAACUGCAAAAAUGGCUAUGAGGUGUUUGUUAAACCCAUAAACUCAGUUUGGUAUGAACAGAUCCUAAAGGACCUACAUAUAUUUGGAUUAGUUGGAAAUUUAUGAAAAAGUUGUCAAACAAGAAUCUGAAGUUUAUUUUAUUAGAAACAACAUUCUUUCCUUGUUAACGAUUUAAUUUGUACAUUGUACUUUGUGCUACAUGUCGAUGGCAUUCCUUCAAUUCCAAAUCACAUUUAUAUUUUGUACAUAAAGUGUCUUCAAAAGGGUAACAAUGCUUUAUGUUUAAUGUUCAUUAAGAUUAAACCUCUCACAUUCUGUAAUCUAUUUUGAAAAUGGUUUUGAAUUUUCUAAAACUUUCUUUUGUUUUAUGCUAUUUGUUUAUUAAGUGAGAGGUUUAAUCUUAAUACAUGUACAUACAAAAAAUACAUAUAUGUGUUACAACUAGGUAUGUACAGAACAAAAGGAAAAAGAUUUUCUUGACAGAAUGAUAUGUUCUGUCUUAUAUAGAAUGGUCUUUUUUUCCUUAGAAAUUCUUUAACACUUUAUUAAAAGUUCAUUUGAUACAUUAAAUAUGUUGAUAUGAAGCUCAAUCAUUGGUUGUCAUGGUAAUAAAAUAUCACAAAUUU